AUGAACCAAAACGCGGACUCUUUGUCCCUCAACUCUAGAGACGCGUUCGAGCCAGACGAGAGAACACUGUUCAGCGAUGUCGCCAGGAGCUAUCGCACUGACACGGAUGUUGAGCAAGAGGAUGAGUGGCAUCAACCAUCAGUCUUUAUUACUUUACAUCGGAUAAGAAAGUUUGUCAUUGCAAGCAUUGAUGAUCCGUACUCUUUUGAACAGUUGACAAGUCCGAGAGUGAAUAAUCUUAUCGUUCGCCCACUGGUUGAUCGUUUGUAUGACGAAAGCGACUAUUCUACAGUCUACUGUCUCUUAGCAAACAGAGUACAGUUCCUUCGUGAGCAAUCCAGCGUGCUGGAUCAGAGCACGAGCAUAGCACGAGCGACACUCUGUGAGCUGCUGGCCAUUAAGAUCCUGCGCAACUUCCAGGACGAUAACCCCGGCCUUGAUGGCCUCCUGUUACUCUCCAAAAUUCUAGUCCAAGGAUUCGAUCCUUUUCAUGGCGCACCUAUCCAUGUUGAGCAAAAUGGCCGCUACCCGCAGUGGCCGAUUCAGAACCGUGGUGGACACGAGAGGAAGCUCACGGCGCUUGAACUCGCCAUCAUAUCCGAGAGUAAGAACUUCAUCAGCUCCUCUGGAUGCGGGAGUGUGAUUGAUGCCGUGUAUCGGGGUCAGAUUGUAUACACUCCUUUGUCAUUCGUCGAUCUUCUGCCAAACCAUUUUGAGCAUCGACCGGUAUCUCUGUAUGAACCCCUCAAAGCGCCAUUACUCGAUCAUCAUCGAUUGGUGGUUCCUCGAACCCGAUACUUCAUUGAACUACUUAACUAUAUCCUUCUUACUGCUCUCUAUAUCUACAUGAUGCAGUAUCGGGAGGUAGACAGCCUGGGUGGUAUUGAGGCUAUGUUCAUUCUGUACUCGGCCGGCUGGGUGCUACAUGAGCUGGCAACCAUUAUCGAACAUGGCUGGACGAUACACUCCCAGAACCUCUGGUCGUUCUUGGAUCUCUCGUACACACUGAUAUUUCUGACAUAUAUCACCCUGCGGGCUUACGAAAUGGCCCUCGAUGAUAUCAAAAAUGGCACAGCGCAUAACGUGCUCUGUCUAGCAGCUCCUAUACUUCUCACCCGCCUCGCGUUCAACAUUCUCCCCGACCACAUUGUCUUCAUAUCGCUUCAUGCUAUGAUGAGAGAGUUCCUGAUACUCACUUUCCUCGCAAUAUGGUGCUUCACUGGCUUUUUACUUGCACUCCAGUGGUUGGCUCCAGGGGACAACACGAUUCCGUGCGAUUUUACCAUCAUCAAAUGGCUUCUAUGGAUAUGGUUCGGCUUGGAUGGGACGGGCAUCGAGGAAUCUGUUCAGUUUCAUGCUAUCCUGGGACCAGCUCUUACCAUCGCAUUUGCCUUUCUCGGCAAUACUUUAUUUCUCACGAUCCUUGUCUCACUGCUUACAAGCAGGUUCAGCACUAUCGUCGCCUCAGAAGCAGUCGAAAUACAAUUUCGGAGAGCAGUUCUCACCUUCGAAGGCGUCAAAAGCGAUGCUGUCUUUGCCUAUCCGCCACCUCUCAAUCUUUUUGCCCUGCUGAUAUUACUGCCUCUCAAGACGGUUUUGUCUCCAUAUGAAUUCUACGCCGUCCAUGUUCUACUAGCUCGAAUAGCUAACGCACCACUAUUGUUUGUCAUUGGCUUCUAUGAACGACGGCGAUUGUGGCCUAGAGCCUCCGAGGCCAGCGUGUUCAAGUGGUGGCGAUUCACAGGCUUCUCACCCCAUGGUGACAUACAAGCUGUUUUCGAGAUUGAGACCCCAGCACACAUACUUCAAGAGGCGGAUGAGCUAGACGGGAUCAGUGAGAUGGGGUUUUCGGAUGGCGAUGCUGUUUCCAGGCUAUCAAGGGAGAUACGGACACCGAUUGUUUUUAGCUUGAGUAACGCAGGGACUAGGUCACCUAGGCAGCCUGCCGAUGAAUAG